AUUUCUCACAUUUAGAUGUUCAAUUGAUUUCAUCUACUUGUUUAAUUCCCUCUAAACAUACAUAUAUGAGACACGAAAAUUUUGAUUUUAAUUCUAGUAAAUUGAAUAAAUUAGAAUUACAUUUCAUGUGAGAAAAAACUCUAAAAACAGACGAUACUGAACACAGAAAGUCUACUUUGGUUUGAUUUUUGUAUUAACAAACCGUUGGUUUCACUUUCUUUCAGGUAAACUCCCUCAUCUUCCCCAAAUUAUCAAAAGAAAAAAUAAAAAAGAAAAAACUUUUGAUACGUCAAUGGCCAUGUUAGGACUCUCUUCAAACACAGGAAUCGAUAUAUUGUCAUCUUCUUCCAAUUCCUUAUCAUUUUAUCAUAGCACUCGCUUCAUACAAUGCUUCUCUCCGAAAAGCCUCUGCAAACGACAACGACAACGACAAAGAUUCAGCAUUUGCAGUUCCUUGUCCUCUGCCAAGAUUAAGGUUGUCGGCGUCGGUGGCGGCGGCAACAAUGCUGUUAACCGUAUGAUAGGCAGCGGAUUACAGGGUGUUGAUUUUUAUGCUGUAAACACGGAUGCUCAAGCAUUGCUGCAGUCUACGGUUGAGAACCCAAUUCAAAUUGGAGAGCUUCUGACUCGUGGACUUGGUACUGGUGGCAAUCCUCUGUUGGGGGAACAGGCAGCCGAGGAGUCAAAGGAACACAUUGCAAAUGCUCUUAAAGGUUCGGAUAUGGUGUUUAUAACAGCAGGCAUGGGUGGAGGUACUGGAUCUGGUGCUGCUCCUGUUGUUGCUCAAAUAGCCAAAGAAGCAGGUUAUUUGACUGUUGGUGUCGUCACGUAUCCGUUCAGCUUUGAAGGACGUAAAAGAUCUUUGCAGGCACUGGAAGCAAUUGAAAAACUUCAGAAAAAUGUAGAUACUCUUAUAGUAAUUCCCAAUGAUCGUCUUCUGGAUAUUGCUGAUGAGCAGACACCACUUCAAAAUGCUUUUCUUCUUGCUGAUGAUGUACUUUGUCAAGGCGUCCAAGGAAUAUCUGAUAUAAUCACUAUACCUGGGCUGGUAAAUGUGGAUUUUGCAGAUGUAAAGGCAAUCAUGAAAGAUUCUGGUACUGCUAUGCUCGGAGUUGGGGUUUCUUCCAGUAGGAACCGUGCUGAGGAAGCAGCUGAACAAGCAACUCUGGCCCCUCUCAUUGGAUCGUCAAUUCAAUCUGCAACUGGUGUUGUAUAUAACAUUACUGGAGGAAAAGAUAUUACUUUGCAGGAGGUGAAUAAGGUGUCCCAGGUUGUCACAAGCUUGGCUGAUCCAUCCGCCAACAUCAUAUUCGGUGCUGUUGUGGAUGAGCGCUAUAAUGGAGAGAUCCACGUGACUCUAAUUGCAACUGGUUUCGCACAGUCAUUUCAGAAUUAUCUUCUAACUGACCCUCGAGGAGCAAAGCUAGUUGAUAAGAGCAAAGGAACCACAGAAAGAACUUUAUCACCUGAUACCCUGAGGUCAUCAGACUCUCCUUCCACGAAACCUCGACCAGCUGUUCGGAGGCUGUUCUUUUAGCUCCUUCUUAGUUUGUUCUCUGUCCAUUCUUUUCUUUUUUUUGAAUAAUUAUUUUUUUAGGAUUCCUUACACUUAUUUGUACCGCAACGGGUCAGAUUUGUGUUUACAUGUGGCUGUAGAAAUCAUGACGAGUUUUAUGAUAUGCAUACCGUCUCUGGUCUGUUUUUCUAUUA